AGAUUCCCAGCUGUCCAGGCCAGGACACCCAUUCAGUUGCACUUGCUCUUUUUGUCUUCUUCAGACUACGACAUGGGACUCAGCGACGGGGAAUGGGAGUUGGUGUUGAAAACCUGGGGGAAAGUGGAGGCUGACAUCCCGGGCCAUGGGCUGGAAGUCUUCGUCAGGCUCUUCACAGGUCAUCCUGAGACCCUGGAGAAGUUCGACAAGUUUAAGCACCUGAAGACAGAGGGCGAGAUGAAGGCCUCCGAGGACCUGAAGAAGCAAGGUGUUACUGUGCUCACUGCCCUGGGGGGCAUCCUCAAGAAGAAAGGGCAUCACCAGGCGGAGAUUCAGCCCCUGGCCCAGUCUCAUGCCACCAAGCACAAGAUCCCCAUCAAGUAUCUGGAGUUCAUCUCGGACGCCAUCAUCCACGUUCUGCAAAGCAAGCAUCCCGCGGAAUUUGGCGCUGAUGCCCAGGCAGCCAUGAAAAAGGCCUUGGAGCUGUUCCGGAAUGACAUUGCGGCCAAGUACAAGGAGCUGGGGUUCCAGGGCUAGGCCCCGUCCCCCACCCCAACCCCCUGGGACAAGACCCAGGGGAGGUGGGGCUGAGCCUCAAGUAGCAAUGUAGGAUUU